AUGCACAACCUCCCUUGUUUAUGCAAUUACGGCCACUGUUUCGCAAAUCCCCUCGCCAGCAUACACCGCCAUCAUCAUCACGUCAUCACCAAUUCCCAACUUCCGCUUAGCCACCUCCAGUUGCCAAAUCCACCCACCUUCAUCGUAACCCCACCUACUGAACAGCAACCCAUUACAUUAUUCCCUCCAAUUCAAAUCGUCCUUCGAUCCGUCUCCGUAACAGCUCCACAUCGCCACUACCGAACCACUGUGAUCUCCGCACAACACCCUUUCUACCCUGACGCAACGCCGACAACCGGUGGAGUCAAGAAGCCUCAUCGUUAUCGCCAUGGAACUGUCGCUCUUCGUGAGAUUCGUAAAUACCAGAAGAGCAUAGAGCUUUUGAUACGAAAGCUUCCAUUCCAGAGUCUUGUCCGUGAGAUAGCUCAAGAUUCCAAGACCGAUCUGAGAUUCCAGAGCCAUGCGGUUCUUGCACUUCAGGAAGCAGCAGAGGCUUAUCUUGUUGGUUUGUUUGAGGAUACGAAUUUGUGCGCAAUUCACGCUAAGAGGGUUACCAUUAUGCCCAAGGAUAUUCAAUUGGCUCGCCGUAUCCGCGGUGAACGUGCUUAG